UUAUUUGAUAAAUGGUUAGAGUUCAAUACAAAUGAUGGUGAUAUACAUUUGAAAUCACAAAAUAGUGGAGUUUUAGUUAUAGGUGACGAGAAUACUUAUGCAAUAUGCCCAAGGAAGCUAUACAUGAGAAUACACGAGUUUAGAGCUCUAGAGUAA